AUCUUUUGCACUCCAGCAGUGCCCUCAGACGACCUGCACUCUCUUUUCAUCUUAAAACAACUUUUAUAUCCUUGAAAGGAUGGAGAAGAAUGGAGGAAAACCACAUGAGCAGCAUUAUGGGCUGGUUUCGUCAGCGCUUUGGAAAACAAAGAAAUGAUUUGGACCAAGUCCAACCAGGUAAAUGUUCUCAGACGUGCUCCUCCGGACACUCCUCCAUCUCAGCCAAGCCGUCAGCCUCAGAUCAGCCUCUGCCCUCCGUGCUCUCCUCCCCCUACCGCUCCUCUCUCAGAUAUGAUGUUUUCGUGUGUCACAACGAUGAGGACAGUGAUCUAGCACAGAGUCUGGCCUCGUUCCUAGAGGCCCCGUCUAGCGGCCUGCGAUGUUACCUGCACGAGCGGGACUGUCCCGCAGGAGGCGCUGUGUCCACUGAGCUGCUGCAGGCCGUGCAGGACAGUCACUGCUGGCUGUUACUCGUCACUCCAAACUUCGUGAAGGAUGACUGGUGCUUGUAUCAGAUGCACCAGGUCCUGUCUGAAGGGCCCAUGUCACAGAGGAUCAUCCCGGCUGUAGUAAACAUCAGCUCCUCCUCUUCCUCCAUCUCAGCCAAGCCGUCAGCCUCAGAUCAGCCUCUGCCCUCCGUGCUCUCCUCCCCCUACCGCUCCUCUCUCAGAUAUGAUGUUUUCGUGUGUCACAACGAUGAGGACAGUGAUCUAGCACAGAGUCUGGCCUCGUUCCUAGAGGCCCCGUCUAGCGGCCUGCGAUGUUACCUGCACGAGCGGGACUGUCCCGCAGGAGGCGCUGUGUCCACUGAGCUGCUGCAGGCCGUGCAGGACAGUCACUGCUGGCUGUUACUCGUCACUCCAAACUUCGUGAAGGAUGACUGGUGCUUGUAUCAGAUGCACCAGGUCCUGUCUGAAGGGCCCAUGUCACAGAGGAUCAUCCCGGCUGUAGUAAACAUGCCCAGAUCACAGCUCCCGCUCGAACUGCGCUUCCUUUUUACUGUGGAUCUGAACACGAAUAAAGAGUUCGGCUACACUCUAGUCUACAAGACGGUACUUCAUUAUUUGAAGGACAUGUCUGAGAAGGAAAAGCCCAGUAGUGCAUCUCAGUCUGACGGCUGAGAACAGAAUUCCAAC